AUGGAAGAAGAUGAUGUUUACUCAAAAGAUGGAACUGUAGAUUAUCUUGGAAAUCCGGCUAAUAGGAAGAAAACUGGAACCUGGAAAGCCUGUCCCUUUAUUUUAGGAAAUGAAUGUUGUGAGAGAUUGGCUUAUUAUGGGAUGAGCACAAAUUUGGUGCUAUAUUUUAAGGAGAGGCUGCAUCAACAUAGUGCUACUGCUUCAAAGAAUGUCUCUAAUUGGGGUGGAACAUGUUACAUAACACCAUUAAUUGGAGCUUUUGUGGCUGAUUCUUAUCUUGGAAGAUACUGGACUAUUGCCAGUUUUUCAAUAAUCUAUGUUAUUGGAAUGACAUUAUUGACAUUAUCUGCGUCAGUUUCUGGCAUAAAACCAACAUGUCACGGAAAAGAAAAUUGCCAUGCUACUGAUCUACAAAGCCUAGUUUGCUUCGUCGCACUUUACCUUAUAGCUCUGGGCACCGGUGGAAUCAAGCCAUGUGUUUCAUCCUAUGGAGCAGAUCAGUUCGACGACGCUGACGAGAAGGAGAAGGAACACAAGAGUUCUUUCUUCAAUUGGUUCUAUUUCUCAAUCAACAUUGGAGCUCUCAUUGCGUCUUCUUUAUUGGUUUGGAUUCAAGAUAACGUCGGUUGGGGAUGGGGAUUUGGCAUUCCAGCCGUUGCUAUGGCGAUUGCCGUGGUGAUAGUUGCGUCCGUAAGAAAAUGCCGUGUUGAAGCACCUUCUGAUAAGUCUCUUUUAUAUGAGAUUGCUGAUACAGAAUCCGCUAUCAAAGGAAGCCGCAAGCUUGACCAUACAAACGAGUUGAGAUUCUUCGACAAAGCAGCCGUGCUCGAACAAUCUGAUAAUCUAAAGGACUCGAUAAACCCUUGGAGACUUUGCACUGUAACACAAGUGGAAGAGCUCAAGUCCAUUUUGAGAUUGCUUCCUGUAUGGGCCACCGGCAUCAUAUUUGCAACCGUCUAUGGUCAAAUGAGCACGUUAUUUGUGUUACAAGGAGCUACCAUGAACACUCAUGUAGGCAACUCUAGCUUCAAAAUCCCACCAGCAUCACUCUCUAUCUUCGACACUGUCAGUGUCAUAUUCUGGGUCCCGGUCUAUGACCGAAUCAUCGUACCACUCGCAAGAAAGUUCACCGGCCACAAGAACGGCCUAACCCAGCUCCAAAGAAUGGGAGUCGGACUCUUCAUAUCCAUAUUUUCAAUGGUAGCCGCAGCGAUUUUGGAGGUCAUACGACUUAGAACUGUGAGAAAACACGAUUACUAUGAUCUCGAGGAGAUACCAAUGACAAUAUUUUGGCAGGUUCCUCAGUAUUUCCUCAUAGGUUGUGCAGAAGUGUUCAUGUUCAUCGGACAAUUGGAGUUUUUCUACGAACAAGCUCCCGAUGCUAUGAGGAGUUUGUGUUCUGCUCUUUCGCUACUCACGGUUGCGCUUGGACAGUACUUGAGUUCUCUGCUUGUGACGAUUGUGACAAAUAUCAGUACGAAGAAUGGAAAGCUUGGAUGGAUACCGGAUAAUUUGAACUAUGGUCACAUUGAUUAUUUCUUUUGGUUAUUGGCAGUGCUAAGUGUGCUCAAUUUGAUAGUGUACCUUUGGGUGGCUAGGUUGUAUACUUAUAAGAAAACAGUGGGAACUCUUCGCUGA